CCCCGGAAACAACCACCACAGAAUAAGUUACCUUUUACCCUGAAAGCAAUUCCUUCCCCAGGUAGCUGAAUAAAACAUGAAAAAGGCGCUGAGCGAAUAAUAAGGACUCACCUGUGUCUCACUCUGGCUUCUACACACAGGUCACCAUGGCUCCAUAGGUGAUAAGAGUCACAGACACCGUUCCUUACUGAUAGGGGAAGAACAUAAAGGGGAUUUUUAUCUCUUUUGCUCGUCUCUAUUUAUGUUCAAUCUGCCCUGUUUAUUGAGAUGUCUUAACCGUAGAAUCAACUGCAGCGUUCAUAAUCUAGAACAGCAGGAGGACUGUAUUCCUUUAUCUGAGUUCCUGGUCCCCCAGCCUGGCGAUGGAGUUCCCCCAGCACUCCCAGCAGCUGCUGUCCGCCCUGCGUCUGCAGCGGCAGCGCGGCUUCUUGUGCGACUGCACCGUCAGCGUGGGCGCGUCCCGCUUCCCCGCCCACCGUGCCGUGCUGGCCGCCUGCUCGCCCUUCUUCUACAUGUUCUACUCAGACUCCCCGGGGGCCGGGGCCGGCGCCGUGGGCUCGGUGACGCUGGACAGUGACAUUGUGACGGCGGAGGCCUUCAGCCUGCUGCUGGACUUUGUGUACGAGGGCCUGCUGCGGCUGGAGUCGCCCUCCAUGCCCGUGGAGGACGUGCUGGCGGCGGCCAGCUUCCUGCACAUGAACGAGGUGGUGCGGGUGUGCAAGAGGCGGCUGCAGCGGCGCGGGCCCCUGGCCGAGGCUGACAGCACCCGCUCCGAGGAGAGCUUCACGGCCCGGGCCGUCCCGGAGACGGGGGGCAGAGGCGGCGGCGCCCCAAGGGAACCCCCCCCUCCGCCGCCGCCACCAAUGACCACGGAGCAGAGUCGUUUGGAGUGUGUGAAGAUAGAAAGCCGCGCGGCGCCGGGACCAGAGCGCGCCCCCUUCAGCCCGGGCCUUGCCGACACCACGCAACCGGGCAUGGAGACCCCGCCCGUCCCCCCCGCGGCCGGGCUCCCUCUGGGGCCGGCCCCGGCGCUGCCCGCCCCCAGGUUCGGAGCUCUGGCUCUGGCUCUGCCUGGUCUGGGCGGCCAACGCCUCUACAGCCCCUGCAGCACCACUGAGGCAUACAGUAACCAGCAGCCUUCCUCCUCCUCCUCCUCCUCGUCCUCCUCGUCCUCUCUGGGCGUGGCCAGCCAGUCGGGGUUCGGGGGGGUGGUCCUCCCGUCCCCCAGCCAGGGUCGGGAUGACCCCUGCCAGCCGUGGCACACGGAGGAGGGCAAGAGGACGGCCCCGCAGCCCCCCAGAGCCCAGACGCUCGCCGCCCCCCCCUCGCCCCAGCCCCACGCAGAGCACAAAGCCCCGCCCCUGGGGCCCCUCGGCCCAGGGUCCCUCCAGGACCCCCCCAGGUCAGAGCAGGGGCCCCGUCUCGCUCCUCUGACCAACAGUGCCCUGGAGCUGGAAGGCAUGGUGAUGGGGCCCGUCGGCAAUGCGGCGAUGGUCGGCAUGGCGAUGGGGCCCGUCGGCAACCCAGCGAUGGUCGGCAUGGAGACGGGGCCCAGCAGUAGGAAGGAGGCGGGGGGUCAUAGCGACGCUCAGAUGGGCGGGGAGAGGGCGGCGGCGGAGCAGCAGGUGGGAGAGGGCGUCACGGUGAAGGUGGAGGCCAUCGUGAUCUCCGACGAAGAGCUGGAGGAGGGCGAGACAGACGAUGAGGACGGGGGCGCGGGGGGGUUGGCGAUGGAGGUGUUGAACGGGGAGUACGACCCCGACGGACAGCAGGACGAGGGGGGCGGCGCCCGCUACCUCUCCUCCCACCUGCCCCUGAUGGGCCAACGCGCCGGGGAGCACUUCUCCUUCCCGCUGUCGCCCUCCUCCGCCGGGCCCCGCUCCCUCUUCCCGCCCAGCGGGCUGGGCUCCGACCACCCGGCCUACUUCCAGGACUUCCAAGACUUCCAGGACGCGGCCGGGGGCUUCCCGGACGAUGUGCCAACCUGCGGCGUGUGCGGCAAGACCUUUUCGUGCGCCUACACGCUCCGCCGCCACGCCAUCGUUCACACUCGCGAGCGCCCGUACGAGUGCCGCUACUGCUACCGGAGCUACACGCAGUCGGGGGACCUAUAUCGGCACAUACGCAAGGCGCACGACCGUAGCCUCCCGGCCAAGCGGAGCAGGGGGGAGCUGGAGCCUCCGCCGCCACAGCGCGUGCCCUCGCACCCACACCCCCCCCUCAGCUAACACACUCCUUGUGCACCAUGGAUUACUGAUGUACAGAAACAGACGCACCAGUACUGAGACUUAUUUAUUUUUAAUCAAAGCUGUUUUAACAAACAAAAAAUAUGCCCACACUAAAACACUAAUAACCUGCUUAAUCACUGAAUUGCGGUUGGCUUUACUAUUAUCCAUUAAUUUACAUUUAGAACGCUGCAGUUGACACUUUUAUCCAAAGCCAAUGACUUUUUUAUACAAGGACAACAGCUAAUGCACACAUUCACACACCCGACGGCAGAGUCAACCAUGCAAGGCCAGCCAGCUCGUCAGGAGUAGUUAGCUCUACCUCCUGAGCUAUUCCCAACCUUGGUCUUGCCCCAUCUUCUCCUAUUUGUCAAGGGGGAACAAACCGGGGGACUCAAGUUAAUGCCGUAUAGAAGUGAGAUGUAAUUCAGUCAGAUUAAAUCAGGCAACUAUGACGCUACCUUUUGGACAACUUGGUGUGUGUUCCCUCAGUUAUAAUUUAUUUAUUUUACGCAAGGUGUGAAAAAAAAAGGGUUGGCAUUAAAACCCAUGCCAAACGGCAACUGUGUAAUAAUAUGUGGCUUAAGACCUAUUUUGUAUUACUGCUAGCAUAUGUUUGUAUUAGAGGUUGUUUAUCGGUGUGUACUUAUUGUCUAUAACCUGUGUCCUCAUACCCUCCUACACUGUCGAGAUGUAAUGAAGUGGACUUUUUGUUUAUUGCCGAAUUGCCUUGAUCUGUUAAUACAAUCGUUACAAUUCUCCUUCUGGCUGGAGGUUCUAAACCUGCAGAAGUAAAAACUGCUCGAGGGACAUAACUCAAUGUUACACAGUGCUUGUAAUAAGCUGAAUACUAAAGUGCCACAUUGCAGUACUUAGGAUCACACAAAAAAGGUAUUUGUAGCAAAUAUGUUAAUGUUCAUUUUAUUAUUGUGAAUAAACGUUUAAAUCUACCCUCAGUCCCAAAAGGUCAAAUAUAUGAUAAGGAAAUAUGUCUAGUUAUUUGUGUCGCAGUAACACAAGAAUGUUCGUCAUUGGGAGAUGUGCCAUGCUUCGAAUGCUCCUUUCACAGACGACCGUUCCGUUCUCUGGCUUGCUGGAGUGGGAGGAUAACCUGCACCGGUGCUUCUGCCAGUGGGGCCGAGGAAGAAGAAGGCGUCUCCAAUCAAUCUUCUACAGCUCCAUGAAUCUGUGAAGCCAGGAGUCCAAUUUAAAUACAAUCUAGCUUCAUACUCUUUAUGUUUUCAACAUAUUGGCAUGUCGGCAUUAGGCACAGGAGGUAGUGCGGGUCGGCUGGUAACCGGAAGGUUGCUAGUUCCAUCCCCGGCUCCUCCUAGCUGAAUGUCGAGUCGUCCCGGAGCAAGAUCCCUCACCCUGACUGCUCCAGACGAGCUUGUUGUCGCAUUGCAUGGACAACGCCGUCGGUGUGUGAAUGUGAGCAUGAAUGGGUGAUUGUUAGGCAAUAUUGUGAAGUGCUUUAGAGUGGCCACUGGAUAGAGAAGUGCUAUAUAAAUGCAGUCCAUUCAUAAAUAAUUUCAUCAAUAGAGAUUACAUAUGUGGGCCUCGAGCCCUCUAAAAGGUUCAAGUAUAAUUAACCUCGAUUUCCAAGAGCCAAAUUUCAACACUAAUCUGUUUGGGGCUAGGAGUUCUAGGAAGGAGGCAUGUUGUACUCAUGGAAAUGACUCGUCUGUGAUACUUGUUUAGCAGUCAUUGUGUAUGAGCUACAUAAUGAGUGAUAUGUCUGAAAUGCACCACCCAAGGCGGCGUUAUACCACGAGUGCCCUCAGACCAGACACAGCUCCCGGUGUCCCCUCAUGGUGAUCUCAGAGAGCACACUGGAAGGCCCUUUGACCCCACAAAUGCUAACUGUAUUUAAUCAAACCAACUGGGUGGAGGGGACAUUCAGAAAUAGGAUUUUGCUGCCUUUUCUUGCCGUGUGACAGUGAAUACAAGGCCUAGUUGACGAUCAUAUAAGACAUGCGCAUUAAAUCAAUCUGCACGUUAAAAUCCAAACCGAUUUAGGCUUCU